CGGCGGAGCCCCGCCGGGGUGCGCCGAGAUGCUGUCCUACAGCGUGCUGGACGCCAACGUGGUGGAUGUGGAGAAGCGGAGGAACCCCUCGAAGCACUACGUCUAUAUCAUCAAUGUAACAUGGUCUGACCUGACUUCCCAGAUCAUCUACCGGAGAUACAGCAAGUUCUUUGACCUGCAGAUGCAGCUUCUGGACAAGUUCCCUAUUGAAGGAGGCCAGAAAGAUCCCAAGCAAAGAAUAAUUCCUUUUCUACCAGGCAAGAUCCUGUUCCGGAGGAGCCACGUCCGAGACGUAGCAGUGAAGAGGCUGAAGCCCAUCGACGAGUACUGCAGGGCACUGGUUCGGCUUCCUCCCCACAUUUCACAGUGUGAUGAAGUCUUCAGGUUCUUUGAGGCUCGCCCAGAAGACCUUAACCCUCCAAAAGAGGACUAUGGAUCUUCAAAGAGGAAAUCAGUUUGGAUGUCCAGUUUGUCUGAGACUCCAAAAAAGAGUGUCACUCCAGGUGCUGAUGCUAGCUCUGAACCCAUGAUCCUGGAGCAAUAUGUGGUGGUGUCCAACUAUGAGAAGCAGGAGAACUCUGAGAUCAGCCUCCAGGCUGGAGAGGUUGUGGAUGUCAUAGAGAAAAAUGAAAGUGGUUGGUGGUUUGUGAGCACAGCAGAGGAGCAAGGAUGGGUCCCUGCUACAUACCUGGAGUCCCAAAAUGGAACCAGAGAUGACUCUGAUAUCAACACAUCUAAAUUUGGGGAAGUUUCUAAGCGACGCAAGGCUCACCUGCGGCGCCUGGACCGGCGAUGGACGCUGGGCGGGAUUGUCAACAGGCAGCAGAGCCGAGAAGAGAAAUAUGUCACCAUCCAGCCGUACGCCAGCCAGGGGAAGGAUGAGAUUGGGUUCGAGAAAGGGGUCACCGUGGAGGUCAUCCAAAAGAACCUGGAAGGAUGGUGGUACAUCAGGUAUUUGGGCAAAGAAGGUUGGGCCCCAGCUUCAUACCUGAAGAAGGCUAAAGAUGAUCUUCCAUCAAGGAAAAAGAACUUAACUGGGCCAGUGGAAAUCAUAGGAAACAUCAUGGAGAUCAGUAACCUGCUGAACAAGAAAUCAUCUACUGACAAGGAAGCUCAAGUAGAAAACGAGUCUGCAGAAACCCACAUCACCAAGAAGGAAAUCAGUUUGCCCAUCCUGUGCAAUGACUCUAAUGGCAAUGCCAUGAUGACUCCAGACAAGCAGGCUUCCAAACUGGCCCAGGGAUCCCCAGCCAUAGCAAGGAUAGCACCACAAAGAGCUCAAAUAAGUUCUCCAAAUCUAAGAACAAGGCCGCCCCCAAGAAGAGAGUCCAGUCUGGGUUUUCAGUUACCCAAGCCACCAGAGCCACCCUCUGUGGAAGUGGAAUAUUACACCAUUGCUGAAUUCCAGUCAUGCAUCUCUGAUGGCAUAAGCUUUCGUGGAGGACAAAAAGCUGAGGUUAUCGAAAAGAAUUCUGGUGGCUGGUGGUAUGUGCAGAUUGGAGAGAAGGAAGGAUGGGCUCCAGCAUCUUACAUUGACAAGAGAAAGAAACCUAAUUUGAACAGAAGAACCAGUACUUUAACCCGCCCAAAGGUUCCUCCCCCUGCACCUCCCAGUAAACCAAAAGACUCUGAAGAAGGAACAGCUUCUGGAGCAGUUUCUUCAGGAGAUCCCCAGGACUCUCCCCACAAGCUGAAAUAUGAAGAGCCUGAGUAUGAUGUGCCUGCCUUUGGCUUUGAUUCUGAGUGUGAAGUGAGUGAAAGUCACCAUGAAGACAGCACUCCUGAAAAACGACUGUUCCAGCCCCUCAAGCCCUCGCCUGUGUCAUCACUUCAGAAGGCUAAGUUCAAAGUAGGGGAGUCUUCAGAAGAAGUUGCUCAUGAAGAAGAAACCAUCUAUGAGAACGAGGGGUUCAGGCGUUAUGUGGAAGAUGGUUUGUCCAAUAAGGAAUCCAGUGGGGAUUCUGAUUCUCAGAAAAGCUCCUCUCUGUCCUUAAUCCGGAGGAAUUCUCCAUGUUCCAGCUCUCCUAAAUCAUCACUCGUGAAGCUCAAGACAGACAAAAACAUUCAGCCUGAUCUUGGAAAGUGUCACUAUUCCAGGAGUGAGGAGACAAAACCAAGAUCAGCUUCAGAUGUUGGCUUACGUAGCGUGCCAAGAACGGGCAUGAAGAAAGAUCCCGGGCAGAGUCCUUCCAUCAGAGCAAAGCCAAUUGUCCGGCCCAAACCCUUCCUGAACAAGGCAGACUCUCAGAGCCAAGAAAAGAUGGAUAUUAGCACUUUAAGGCGUCAGCUGAGGCCAACUGGGCAGCUCAGAGGUGGACUCAAAGGUUCAAGAAGUGAAGAGUCUGCGAGCCCUCCCUGCACAGCUUCUGAGAGCCAGGAUGACCCUGUUCGGAGAAGCUCGGCUGAUCUCAUCACAGCUCCUUCCCGUGGCAUCUUCUGCUCCAGCCACACAGCCAAAACUGAGCAAGAAAAUGACUCCAGGUGUUUCUAUGUGACCACUGAUUCAUACCAAAAGGUACAGGAUUCUGAAAUUUGCUUCCCAGCAGGAGUAGAAGUGGAAGUGCUGGAAAAGCAAGCCAGUGGAUGGUGGUACCUGAAGUAUGGAGACAUGGAAGGCUGGGCUCCUUCCCAUUAUUUGGCUCUCCCUGAUAACCAGCAAGAAACGACAUCAGCAGAGACUGAUUCCUCUUUUGCCAGGAACAGGAAAAAUGAAAACAAGUCAAACAGUUUAGAGAAGAUAGAGAAGAGGGUUCAGGCGUUGAACACCAUCAACCAGAGCAAACGUGCAACACCACCCAUCCCAAGCAAACCUCCUGGGGGCUUCUCAAAAGCAUCAGGGCCAGUUAAAAUGAGGAACGGCGUGAGGCAGCUUGCUGUCCGCCCGCAGUCAGUGUUUGUGUCCCCACCACCGAAGGACAACAACCUGUCGUGCUCCCUGCGCAGGAACGAGUCCCUGACGGCGACGGAUCAGCUGAGGAGCGGCCGCCGGAAUUCCUCCUUCAGCAACGCCUGGGCACAGCCGGGAGACAGCAAGGGCAGGCAGCCGGAGCGGCCGGGCACGGAGAGCUCUGACAGCACCUCCAGCCUCCCCUCGCAGAGGAACGGGAUCCCCGUGUCCACAGUCCGGCCAAAGCCCAUCGAGAAAUCCCAGUUCAUCCACAACAACCUCAAGGACAUCUAUGUCUCCAUCGCAGACUACGAGGGGGAUGAGGAGACGGCGGGGUUUCAGGAAGGUGUCUGCAUGGAGGUCCUGGAAAGGAACCCCAACGGCUGGUGGUACUGCCAGAUCAUGAAUGGUGUGAAGCCAUUCAAAGGCUGGGUGCCCUCAAAUUAUUUGGAGAAAAAGAACUGAUAUUGCAAUAUCUUUAACCCCCCUAAUUUAUACUGUUCCUGCUGUGUACAUGUGGAAAAAAACAGUUGCUACACAAAAAGACGUUUCUCUGUGCUCCAGUUUGUACAAAGGAGUCUCUAAGAGGACAGAUCUGCCGUAUUCUGAAGAGGUUUGUGGGGUUUGUGUUGUAGGCAACUACAAGGAAGAUGCAGCAUAGUCAAAUGCCUUUUUGUGAAGUUGUUAAUAAUCUUGUAUGUGUAACAGGGUAUGACAUCCCAUCCUUCCCAUUAUUGAUAGGAAACCAAACGUGUGCCUUUUGUGAGAGAAAUACACAUGCAUCUACCUGGGGAGUUCUGUGCCAAACUGUUUUACAAUCUUGGCUCCCUUUCUCCUCAUUUUCCUCAUAUGUGGAAUACCCAAGAAUUUUGGAUGCUUUUCCACAACUUACAGAGUGAAAAGCAAAUGAAAGUUUCUGAAACACAGAGAGACUCUAAUCCAUUGGAGAUGUUCACUUUUUUUUUUUUUUUUUUUUUUUUAAACUAUGCUCAACAGUUGGUAGGUCCAGAGUUGGAGCCUUUUCAUCAUGGAGAGUUUGGUGUCUGUCUUCAGUGUUGUUACAGCUAACUCACCAGAAAAGGCCAUCAUGUGGUGUGGGUUGGGGGCUUUUUGUUUCCUUUCAUUCUGUCUUGUUCUUUGAGUUGGGAUUUCAGGUGUUCAAGGGCAGUGAUGCCUACUGGUGCUUGUAAAAACAAACCUACAAACCCCUUGCUUAAGCAGUCUGUUACUGUGCAGGCUUCAUGUUUGGUUCUGUGCCUGACUCCUGCCAGGUGAUACUGGUUGAUUCUCUUCCCAGAGUUGGAUUUCUGAAAAGUUAUCAAAGUCAACAAAGUCCCUUAAAACACUAAAGACAAAGCUGUCAGAUGUGUUAAAUCUUGUUUUGCCCUCUGGUCCAAAUCCAAGGGUGCCGACUGCUGGCAGGGCCCACCAAGAUAUUAGUGAGAAAUAUUUGUAACCUUCUGCAACAUCAGUGUUUACAAUGAGUGGGAAAAAAAAAGCCAUCAAACUCAGUCUGCACAUAAUUUGUAUAUUUUUGAGCAAUUGUUUUUGUGUUUUGUUUCUGUCUUCUCUGUGCAUUCUGGGUUUACUGUAUUCUCUUUGUGUGUGUGUCUGGUUUUACCAGAAAAGACUUAAAACUGAAGUAGGAGCCAAAUACAUGUUUCUGUUCCCACUUGAAUCCAAAGAGUACAUUUGUACUGGAAAGUGGGCCUGGGCUUCUCAGGCUCAGAGAUUUAACAUCAAAGCAAUUUGGUCUACAAUGCAUCUAACCAGGAGGCUGCCUCUUCUAGUUCCAGUUCCGUUUGCCUGUCUGAACUCAUGUUUUGAAAUGUGGCACAGGGUGUGGGUGGUGUGGGAAAUGGAAGAGGUAUCCAUUGGAAAAGGCUAGAAGUUAUUUGUGAGGUAGCCUUGUACUGUAAAGAUAAUUUACUAAAUCCCUACUGUUCUUAAGGAUGUCAUGCUUGGGGGUUUUCCUUAAAUGGCCUUGUUAAUCACUCAAUAUCAGUAUCUAAUUCCUUUGAAUAAUAGACAGCAUUGUCAAUCUGUUCUAAGGGGGGAGGGAGACAGUUUCACUACUGGGUUACACAAAGCAUUGCAUGUCCUUUUUUCCACCAGUUUCAUACUGAUUUGGCUCAGAAGUUAAAGGUUAUAAAGGCUUCAAAAUAGCUGGGAUCAAGGGGCUGAAUAAAACAGCACAAUAGUACCAUAUGUUACUGGGGAUGUUUCACUGCCAAAAAAAAAAAAAUUAGGAAAUUUAUAUGUAGUUCUUGUCUCUUUCCUUUUUUUUCCCCUCUUCUUUUUUUUUUUUUUUUCUUUCUUUUCCUUUUUUUUUUUUUUCCUUUGUGUGUGUGUGUGUGCGUGUGUGUGGUUUGGGGGUUUUAUUAAUUUCCAUGAUAACACUGAGAGAGUUGCCUACAGCUAAUGUGGCUGAUGUCCUUUUGGUAGCUGAAACAGCAUCCAGGUGCCACAGCUACAGGCUACAAACAGUGCUGUGGUUUGAGCAGCUCUCUGCAUGCAGUGGGGAGGGGAGGCUGUUUGUUUGGAUACCUUUAAAUUGUGGUGUCAGGAGGAGGAGGUGUAACUGCACAACAGCUCAUACCACAGUGCAGGGUCCUCUUUGUACCUUAUGUCUCACCAUAUGAUGUGUAAGUGUAUGUCCAGUUAGCUUCAUCUCACUGGAUGUGUAGCUGAGACAUUGUGGCCCUGUCUCAUGUAUUUCUCCCCAUUUUUAGUUGUACUAGUAUGGUAGCAGCCAUAAAAGACUGCUGGAGCUGUUGUGAGAUUAUAAUAGAAGUAUUAUAUUCUUCUGCUGGACAGUAUUAAAUAGAGCAAUACAUAGAGUUAUCUGCUAGAUUGCAGUACUAAUAGUAGUGACUUAGUGAUUCGUAUUAAUGUUAUGAUUUAUUUUAACAAUAAUGAUGAGGAAGUGGUUCAUUAUUUUGAAUUAAUGCACUUUAACAAUAAAAGAAACCAAAAUGGAAGCCAAUGCAGAGAACUAAGUGCAUUAUUUAAAGGUGCAGUAUAUAAUUAUCAUUUUCUUGAAGCACAUAUUUAUUAAGAAUUAACUUAUUAUUUAAAAUAUUCUAAAGUUUUGUUUAAAGACAUUCCCACUAGGUCAUCUCUUUGGGGGGAUGUAAAGCACAGCUCCCAGAUCUUCUGCAUUGAGCCACUGAAUUCUCUGAGUAUGGUAUGGCCUGACAUGAGCCCCUAUCCAAGGAGGGAGGAGCAGCAAGGAGAGCCCAGGGAAUACUCACAUUUCCAUCCAGCAAAGCCAAGCCCAGGGCAGCUCUGGAGUGCAGAGUCCUUGCAGGGUGUGUGGGGUGGCAUAGGUGUUUUUGGCAGACAGUUCCAGUGCCCUGCAGGGCUGGCCCUGGUGGAUGCAGGUUCUCCAUGAGGCUGACAGCUCUGUGAGAGAUGUCUGUGCAUCCCACAGCUCCUGUGCCAUCUUGCUGGCUUGCUUCUCCAGCUCUGGCUGUUUGCAGUGCAGCAGGCAGGGCAGGGUGACAGUGUGAGCAGUUCUGUCAGGGUGUUCUCACUCUCACAGCAGCUCCCUGGCUCCCUGCUGCUUUAUCCCAUCUCAAAGGCUCUCCUGAGGAGAGGCCACACCUGUAGAUGGGCUGCAGAGCCACACUCAUGGCUUCCCUCUGCCCUCACUGUGCCAGCAAAAAGGAUGGGUCCCAGAAAUUACUGCUGGCCACCACUUGGCUUCCACCCUGGUGGAAAAGUUUCCAUUUGGGCUUCCCUUCACUUCAUAGUUGUUUUGGUUGCUUGUGUUUAAAAGGGCACUUUUAAAACAAAUACUCCCAAUGCAAUUUUUCCCACUCCUUUCUUACCAUUGUCAUAGCAUCUCUCACUGAGAUGCUCUCUCUUUUUUUGAUUCUUUCAACUGAGAGAUAUCAGGAAAAUAAGUAUUUUUUCCAUCAGUGAGCAGCUAAUUUUGGUCAGUUCUACUGAUACCUGAAAUAGCAAGCCCUUCACUAUUAGCUGUGAAACAGAAGGAAAGGCCUUAAGCUACAUCAGAAAAGCUGACUGCAGGGCAGGAAAACCUGGCAGAGUACUCAGAGGACAGUGUAGUGCUAGAAGUGUUUUAGCUCUUUUCUAAAAAUGUUAACGUCGCCUUUUAUUUACUAAAUUUGUCAGAACUGACACUGGAUCAAGAGCAAUAUUUAAAAGUAACGUACACCUCAGUGAACACUCAAUGCAGAAAUCAGUAGUACUGUUUAAAUUUCUCUUUCUGGUUUAUUCCUGAACCAGAUUGUUGAGAGGAAGAGUCUGCAGGGCUUGAGCAAAGCCAUUUGCAGCUGAAGGGGGCCCUCCUCUGGGGGGAGAGGCAGCUGCUCCUGCUGUCUUGCUCUCACCCACUCUUUGUAUUUUCCAAAAAGUCUUGAAUUUGGACCAGCAGAAAUUCCAAACUCCAAUGCCAGAGAACAAAAUCAAAGAAUGUGAAAAUUGCGUCUUGCUGUAUACUGCAACUUUAAUAAUAAUGAGCACUUCUGAGUUCGUUAUUGCGGUUUAUAUAAUGCCUGAAAAGUUUAUUUGCUGGUUUCCCUUGUCUCCCCUUCCAAAACACUUUCUCAUAACAGCAAGAGUCAUGCAUUUUGUUAGGAGUCCUUCCCCAUGGGAGGCAAUUCCUGUUCAUUGCUUUAGCUGUCACCCUGUGCAAUGGGUGAGUGCAGUCAUAUGUACCAGUCCUUUGCAAGCCAAACCCUUCAGGAUAAAAGGGAUGAUGGGCACGUGUUGUGGUACUUAACUGAUGUGUCAACAGGAAGUUUUUAAAUUGAUGUAUUCAAUAGUAGCAAAUACACAAUAAGGAAAGAUUGGAAUUGUCUUGCAGCUAGACUCUUCAAUAUGGAAAUUCACAUCUGCAUGGGUGUAGCUAAAAAAUGCAUUUGUGCCUUGUGGAUGUGAACCCCAGACUCCUUCCAUUCUGACGCUAUAAAGUUUGACGAAGGCAUUAUAUAAUUGUUUUCAUCACUUCCAGAUCUUAAUGAAUCAUAUUUUAUUGUAAUAUAUAUUCAUUGCUUUCCUCAGUUAAAAAGAAAGUUACUGCUUUUAUCUUAUAUGAAAAACAAGGGAAUUUGAUAAAGCAUUCAUUAUUUUCAUAUCACUAGUAUUAACAGAAUAGAACUAGUACUAUUUAAUUUUAGAUCUUCAUAGCUAGCUUGUUAAUAACUCAUAUUUUCCUGUGUUGUAUCCUACUAUUUUUUCUAUUUUUUUCCCAAAUAUUCUGCAUUCUUGAGAAAAAGCAAAUCCAAUGAGUGGAUAAGUGCAAUAUUCAUAGAAUAAACAGGCCCCUCAUCCAGGACUUGGAGUGGAACGUGCAGUGUGAAAUGUUUGCAAUUCUCUAUUCAUGCACUCUUAGGGAAGGGGAAAUGCAGGGGAGGGGAAAACUGGAUGAAAACAGGACCCUUGGGUAGGUAGAGACUGACAGCUGGGGUGGCUUGGAGUGGGAGUGGCUGCUUUCCAUAAACAAGUGUCACCUGUUAGUGAAAGAAUAAGGAUUAUGCAGCAUGUUGCCAGGAUUAUGUAUAGAAUGUGCAUUAACAUCCUUAUCAAUGCAGGACUUCUGAGCUGUGCUUGAAACACUCUGUGUGUCAUCCAUGCAUGAUUCUGUCUUCUGGUCUGUCUCUGCUGGUUUCAUCCUCUGCUGCGCUUCAGAAUUGGUGGAAAAUUCAGAAUGGAAAAUAAUUCUGCUGGUGCAGUCCCAAGUUUGGAUACUGUAUUGUUACUUGUAUUUAUUGUAAGAGCUAUGGGAAUGUUUUUACAGGUCCUUUCUUUUCUGUCCUUAUUGUUAACCUAGGAAGAAAAAUUCUCCCUUUUAUCUGGGUUAAUUCUCACCUGCAGAAUUUCAGAUGUUUUUGAUAGUGAUUUCUUAUUUCUUGGCUUGCAAAGGUGGAUCUCUCAGGUCCGAAAUAAAGUUGGGCAGAAAUUUUGCUCUUCAAAAGAAGUAUUGUCUUAAAUUCUAUUUGAAUGGAAGGAGAACUUCCAUCUGUCAAAAAUAAUGUGACUGUACAGGUAGCAGCAAAAUCUACUACCUUUUAAAAACUGGACUAUAUUUGUAAGGUGCAAGAGAAAUGUGAAAGCCAGAGCACUUGACUCUCUGAGCUCUGGGAAGUACAUCUCCUGUGGCUCUAGUUUUUUACUCUAGAGCGGGGAUGUACCUCAGUUUUCUGCUUAAUUUUUGUCCUGCUGUUCUUAAGUUUGUCAAAAAACCUUAAUAUUACCAGAGACCUUUGCAUCCAAACAGGAAAACUGAAUUCUGCAGCUGUACUGAAAUAAGAUCAAACACGUGAUUUUGGGAAACCUAAUACUUUACCAAUUAGGAAUCUGGUUUUGAGGAGCCAACUUAAUUCUUUCACAUGCUCUUGUCUUAACUGGCAAGAAGCCCACGAGCAUCAGUAGAGUGACACUGACAGAAGACCCUUGUGGGUGCUCAGCAUGGACUGUUCUCAGCAAAAGCAAGCUCUGUGCACUCCAUUCCUACACCUCCCAAGGGUGCACAGGACUGCUUAGCCUUGGUGCUGCCCUGCCAUGAUCCACUGUGCUGCAAACCUUGCAGCUCUUUAAAACCAGCUGGGGCUUUGCUGCUAUUUGCUGGUGGUUUUCCAUCACCAGCAGCUCCUUCUCUGUCAGCUUCAGAUGCUAUUUAGCCAUGUAGUGGAGUGCUGUGUAUCAGUGCAGUGUCUGAUAGCUCCCAGCAGUACCGGUAUGAUGGUCUGAGAGCAUAUGUUUGUCUAAGUUAUUUUGUUUUCAUUUGCUUUUCGUUGCUUGCUCAAGGCAGGGACCAGCACUGUGCUGGUGCAUGGGCAAUGUGUCUGCACACUUGAACUGGUGGAUGGCCCCUGCUGGCUCUGCCCAGUGCUUGUGCUGCUCUCUCUCUCCCUCUGUGCUGCUCAGCAGUCGUGUCUGUUGUGUGUCUGUAAUUCCAAACAAAGUACUGUAGUGAGGCUGGAUCCAGAAGCCCCAUCAGCUGGCUCUGGCUUGGCAUGUAGGUUGCUGUUGCUGCUUUUCCUCCUCCGUCUUAGACCCAAUUUGGAGCAAAGCACAGGUGUCUGUUAAAAGUCACCCAUAACUCUGCUUUGGGGUGUCAGUUUUGCAGGGUGUGCCAAGGAGAUCUUUUCUCUUGGUGCCCUUGCAUCAGGGCUGGGGCUCUGCAGCAAUUCCUGGAGCAGCAGCUGUGUGCACUGCGUGCAGAAUGGCUGGCAUAGUCACAACAAAUUAGUUACCCCCAUUUUAUAUUGUCAGGGCUGGGCUGGUCCCAUCAACUAUGUUCUUCAUUUGUUCUUGCAUCAAGGUAGUGUUGAUUUUAGUUGGAGAGUGCAAUUUUUUUUUGUUUUGUGUUUGGAUUUUUUAUAAAUAAAUUUGGUUUAAAGCUUCACACUGGCGUUUUACAGACCUGUUCUUGUCAGCAUAAGCCACUACUGUCCUGAGUUGAGACUCCUGUUUGUUACUGAAUUAAAAUUAUGGGAAUUAUGUUGAUCAUUUGGAAAGAAAUUAGAAAAUAAAUUCGAAAAGAAACUAGAACUAACUAUAUUGGCAGGGGAGAGAUAGAUAAAAUGUGAGGAAAAAGAUGUUUCUAAUAAGGCCAUUAACUAUUUGGUCUGACACUGCAGGUGCUUUCUCUGUUUAGAUGGUUUAACUACAUCACUGCUCUGUGAUAGGUUUUUUUGUUAUUGAGAAAAGUUGAUUUUUUUUCACUCCCUAAAAUACUAUGAUAAUCUGUAUCCUGAAGCCACUGAUCCACCAAAAGAAGACAAACACAGGUUGCAUGCUUGUUGUAGUUGAGGCAGUUUGUGUGCCUGGGAGUUUGCAUCACUGAGGUUCAGCUGGUGGAGAGGGCAAGGCUGUUCUAGACCUGCCCAUGUUGGCAGGAACAGCCCUGUGCAAAAAGUGCUUCUGCAAAAAUUUCCUUUAGUGACCUUCCCCUGAUGCUCAGGGUUAUUUGGUUACAAUGGUACCUGUCUUGGUCCCUGUUUGGUGGAGGAGAAAAACAGGUGGAAGGGAGAUCACUUGGCACUGUAAGAAAAUUUUAAAAAUAUAAAAUUUAAUAUUUAGGCAAAUAUUUCAGGCUUCUCCAGAUGUUUCCCAUCUAAGCUGUUACUGACUCUGUAUUUGGUGACUGAAGGGUAAGCAACAUGGCAGCAUUCUCUGUGCAAACAGUUCUUUUGUGGCUGGAGAUCUUGUUCUUGAACAGCUUCUGGGUUACCAGGAAAGCAGUAAUAAAUUAACCAAAUCCCAUCAUCAACCUUGGGUGAUGACUAGAGGGGCAUUGAAUUCUGUCCUGACUCUGGGUCCCCCAGAACACAUUAAUUUGGUUUGUUUCUGUCCCCUUGAAACAGGACAGAAAAGUGCAGUCACUGGAGCUUGGCCUGUAGCAAUUAGUAAACUGGAACAAAUAAAAAAAGAAA